AUGCUGAGGCUGCUGGUGGCCAGCGCUCACCUCCCGGCGGCCACCGGUGCAGGACCCGGUGUGCACGUUUAUGCUCGCUUCAGAGGUACUGCUGGGGACAAGGGGACGUUGAGGUGGCUGUCCCUGCACUUCUGGGUGGCAUCAGCCACCUUCGUGUCGUCGUCACGGGAUGGGGUGGCACCGCGCGACCUCAUGGGGUGGGAUGCUGUUGGAUGUCCUCGUGGGAUGGUGACGUGUGCCGCCCACAUCAGUGUCCCCAACCCAACUCCUGUCCCUCCAGGUGUCCCCAGGAGCACCCGGGUGGUGCCAGCAGAGCGCAGCCCAGCAUGGAAUGAGACUCUGGUGUGGCCUCUGGCCGCACGUCCCCUGCGCCCCACGGACAGCCUGGCCCUGCGCCUGCAGCUCUGGGGUCAGCCAGAAGCACACAGGCUCCUGGGUGCCACCACGGUGCCUCUGCGCUGCCUGGCGGAGGACCCCGGGCUGCCGCUUGAUCUCAGCCAGCUCCCAUUGCAAGACCCUCAGGGACAUCCCACGGGGGCCACUGUUUCUUUGCGCUGCUCCUACGUCCCCCCCGGGCAGAUGGCAGCAGGGAAUGUCACAUCCCAGCCACCAGAAGGGGUGGCACCAUGCCUGUCCCCCCCACGUCCCACCCCAGUGGUGGGGACAGCCAUCGAAAUGGCAUCGCACCGCCACCCCAAACCUGCAGCAGGGAAGAAGGAGGAUUUCCAGGUGCGGGUCAGGGUCCUCCAGGGCCACCAGCUGCAGGGCAGUGCCAUCAAACCGGUGGUGACGGUCCUCAUCGGCGAGCAUCGCUUCAGGAGCAGGAUCCGUGCUGGGAACAACCCCUACUACAAUGAGGUGUUUUCUCAGCAUUUCCACCUGACGCCCGCUCAGCUGGCAGCAGUGCCCAUCCACAUCCAGGUUCUCAACUCCAGGGCCAUCCGUGCCGAUGCCAUCAUCGGCGCCUUCAAGCUGGACGUCGGCACCGUCUACAACGCACCCGGGCGCAGGCUGGGUGGGACGUGGCUGAGCCUGCAGCACCCCCGGCACCCCGAUGCUGGAUGCUGUGGGUACCUCCGUAUCGGCGCGGCCGUGCUGCGUGCCGGCGAACCCGUGUCGGAGCGGGAGGAGGCAGCAGGGAGCCAGGAGGUGGAAGCCAAUCUCUUGCAGUCUGCUUUGCUCACCCCGUGCGUGGCCACGCUGCAGCUCCGCAUCUACCGUGCUGAGGAGCUGCCCCGGGAGGAGCCGUCCCGUCCGUUCCUUGCCUGCAGCAAGAGGAGCUUCGUGGCAGCGGCGGUGCGCGCCAGCUUUGCGGGCAGGACGGUGGGUGCUGGGGGCACGGUGGGUGCUGCUGACAGGUGCCCAGGGGUGACAGUGUCCCCAACACAGCUCUGCACUCGAGUGAUGCCCCCCGAUGCCAAGCCCACGUGGAACGAAGUGCUCUUCUUCCCCCUGCGGCUGCCCCCGCUCUGUGACGCCAUCGAGCUGGCCAUCCUUAGCGGGUCCAAGGUGCUGGGCACAGCCGUGCUCCACCUCUCCCACAUCUCCUCUGCCGGUGCUGAGCUCGAAGGAGGGGUCCCAGGUUUCUUACCCUGCUUUGGACCCAGCUUCCUCCCCUUCUAUGGUCCACGGAGAGAUGCUGCUGACGUGCCCAGCGACACCAUGGUGGCAUACAGGGGCCGGGUGCUGCUGGAGCUCAGCACCCACACAGGGGACUCCGAUGGGCGCCAGCAGGACGCCAUCGCCCCGGAGGACAUCACCCGUGUGCAGCACCUUCUGCCCCGCCGCCACCGCCUGGGGCUCUGCGCAGUGUUCUACUCUGCCACCAUGCUGCCCCCCGCAUCCGAACCUCUGCGCUUCGAGCUCAGCAUCGGCAACCACGGGGACACCGGGGACACCUCGUGCCGCCCCGCUGCCUCCGCCACACCGCAAGGCCACCCCCUGUUUGAUGGGAACCGCUACUACUACAUGCCUUGGCAUGACAGCAAGCCGGUGGUGGCCGUCACCUCCAGCUGGGAGGACGCUGGGCAGCGGUGGGACGGGCAGAACCUGAUGCACAGUGUGGGCGAGAGGCUGGCCCAGCGCCCCCAGACGCGGCUGGACGUGGAGCUGCGCGCCGCCCGCCUGCAGCUCCUGCAGCUCCUCGCCUCGGCUGCCGCCGCCGGGCCUCCGCGCCGGGCCUGGGCCGAGCUGCUCCCCGAGGCCGAGGCCUGGCUGGGCCGAGUGGCCGCCCUGCAGGCUGAGGUUCACCCAGACCCACCUUCCAAGCCCGCUGAGGUCCCUCUGAACGGCAUCCCUUCCUUCCACGCGGGUGUCCCCCCUCCACCUUGUCCUGCUCUGUCCCAGCCUCAGGCCGGUGUUCCCGACGUGUUGCUGUGGCUGCGGAGCGGUGCCCGCUGCCUGGCCUGUGCCCGCAUCCCCGCACACCGCCUCGCCUGCUCAGCCCUCAGUCCCGCAGCCUGUGGGCGGCUCUGCGGAUGGACGCACACCCUGAUGCUGGAGGUCCCGGGACACCUCCAUGCCCAGCUCCGUGUCCGGCUGUGGCUGGGGCGUGUGGCUGAGAGCCAGGAGCUGCCGCGUUACUUGGAGGGCGCCCUGCACGUCUAUGCUGAGACAUACGAGAACCAGACGAAGAUCCUGGGCAAAUGGAGCAGGCAGGCGCUCCCAGCUCGCCCCAGCUUCUCCGACGUGGCCGGCAGAGUGGCGCUGCCCCGCGAGCGCAUCCGACCCCCCCGGGGCUGGUGCUGGGAUGGGCCCUGGGCUGUGGAACCACCGCGGAGGCUGCUGCCGGAGCCCGAGGCUGGCAUGGACGAGGUGUUGGAGGAGGUCUAUGAGAACCAGAGCCGGCAGCACGGCGGGGAAUGGGGACCUGCUGCUGUGCCCAGCACUGAUGUGGCCGGCGCGGCGGUGCCCCCCAAGGAGGAGGUGGCGUGUCCCCAAGGCUGGCACGUCACCGAUGACUGGCGGGUGGAGGUGACAGGGGCCGUGGAUGAGGCUGGUGAGCGAUGUCCCCGUCACAGCCCCGAGGCUCCGGAUAAAGCAUGGGAGUACGCAUCCCUGUGGGGCGGCCGCUUCCAUCUGCAGCGCCGAGCGGGUGAUGCGUGCCGGCGGCGCUGCUGGCGUCGGCACAUGGUGCCAGAGCUGCCCUCAUCUGUGGCUGCCAUCUUCCUCCUCGAGGGCACAGCGGAUGCAGAGGAAAUGCCAGAGAGCAAGCAGAUGGCAGCAACACCCAAAGGCCGGGGACACCCCCAGCACCCCACGCCUGUCAUCCUCUGCACCUUCGAGCGACCCAGCUCCUUCCAGCUGCGCUGUUACCUCUUCCAAGCGCUGGAGCUGAAGCCCCACGGCACCAAGACCACAGCAGGUGGGACCCCCCCCCAGCACCCUGACCCCCUCCAGCAGCACCCUUGGGUGCUGACAGUGGGCGCUGCUCCCACAGACCCUGUUGCCCACGUCUCCUUCGUGCACGUCAGCCAGAGCACCCGCGUGCUGCCCGGCACCCUGGACCCGGUUUGGGAUCAGUCGCUGCUCUUCCAUCGGGUGCAGCUCCAUGGGGACCCACGCGGGCUGCGGGAUGAGCCCCCAGCUGUGGUGGUGGAGGUGUUCGAUCAGGAUGGAGGGGGUGCUGGGAGCUUCCUCGGGAGAAGCGUGUGCACCCCAAAAGUGUGGAUGGAUGUGGGGCGCCGGAAGCCCCCCCGGCUGCAGAGAUACCCACUGCAGGGGCCGGGGGGGCCGGCCGGGGAACUGCUGGCUGCCUUUGAGCUGCUGCACGAGGCUGAGGACGGGGCGAUGGCACGGCUCAGCACCCCGCCAUGGAGACAGGGCACCUUCGGCAUCCCCCCAGGCAUCCGGCCGGUCCUGCGGCUGAUGGCAUUGGAGGUGCUGGCGUGGGGGCUGCGGGGGCUCCGUGGCCGCUGCCUGCUGCCCGUGCGCGCCCCCAGCCUGGAGGUGCAGUGUGGGGGGCACGUCCUGCGCAUCCCCCCCAUCACCGACCUCGCCACCAACCCCAAUUUCCCCAUCAACGCCUUCCUGCUGACGCUGCACCUACCAGUGGAGGAGGAGUACGUGCCCCCGAUCCGGCUGCGGGUUUUGGACACGCAGGGCUUUGGGUUCCGGCCCCACGUGGGCCAGGCGUGCGUGCAGGACCUGGCGAGGUUCCGCCGUGAGCCCGAUGGAGAGGAGCAGCUGCCCCAACCUCGUGUCCCUGUGUCGGGUUCCAACCCCGGAUUGCUCAGGGAGGAGGAGGAUGAGGAAGAAGGCGACUGGUGGAGCAAAUUUUACAUGGCCAUGGGAGACACGGCAAAGAGCCACCGGAGGACACACAGGGACAGCCUGAAGGUGUACGGCUGCGAGCUGGAGGCGGUGCCCAAAUUCGAGGGGCUGCAGGAUUUCUGCCAGACCUUCCCCCUCUACCAGCCGGGGGGGCAGCAGGGGGACGACCCCGUGCCUGUGGGCGAGUUCAAGGGGCUGUUCUGUCUCUACCCCCUACCCGAGGACCCCGGGGUGCCCCCGCCGCCCCGCCGCUUCCAGGAGCUGCCCCCCAGCCAACCCCAGCAGUGCCUGGUGCGCGUCUACAUCGUCCGUGCCUUCGACCUGUCCCCCCGUGACCGCAAUGGGAUGUGUGACCCCUACGUUCGUGUCUCGCUGGGAGCAAAGACACUGGGCAAGCGUGACCACUAUGUGCCCAACACCGUGGAGCCAGUUUUUGGCAGGAUGUUCGAGGUGAUGGGCACCGUCCCGUUGGAGAAGGACCUGAGGGUCUCACUGCUGGACCACGACCUGCUGCCACCCGACCAGGAGAUUGGAAGCACCACCAUCGACCUGGAGAACCGGCUGCUGUCCCGAUUCCGUGCCCACUGUGGGCUGCCCCGUCUGUACCGCAUCGAUGGCCCUGGGCGCUGGCGGGACCAGCUGAGCCCCAGCCGGGCACUGGAGCACCUGGCUCACACCCGGGGGCUGCAGGCACCCGAAUUCAGCGCCGAUGGAACCGCCGUCAUCUUUGGGGGCUCCACCUUCCUGCUGAGCCAUUUUGAGAGUGGACCCCCCACAUAUCGUCACCCCGGGGCGCCCCGGGAGCGCCUGGCCCUGAAUGUGCUGCAUGCAUGGAACCUCGUCCCCGAGCAUCUGGAGACCAGGACGCUGUACAACAGCACCCAGCCUGGGCUGGAGCAGGGCAAGGUGCAGAUGUGGGUGGACAUCUUCCCCGCCAGCCUCGGCCCCCCUGGACCCCCCGUGGACAUCACUCCCCGCAAACCCCAGAGCUAUGAGCUGCGCUGUGUGGUGUGGAACACCCGCGACGUGGAGCCAGGGGACAUCAGCGCAGCAGGGCAGAGGAUGAGCGAUAUCUACGUCACCGGCUGGCUGGAUGGGCUGGAGGAGCAGAAGCAGAGGACGGACGUGCAUUACCGGGCGCUGCAGGGCGACGGCAGCUUCCACUGGCGCUUCGUCUUCCCCUUCCAGUACCUGGCAGCCGAGCAGCGCUGCGUGCUGCCCCGCAAGGAGCACUUCUGGAGCCUGGAUGAGACGGUGCUGAAGGUGCCCCCGAAGCUCAUCCUCCAAGUGUGGGACAACGACAAGUUUUCAGCCGAUGAUUUUUUGGGUAUCCUGGAGCUGGAGCUCACCCGGCUGCCCCGUCCAGCCCAGCGGCCGCAGGACUGCACCCUAAAGCCACGUCUGAGCCCCUGGCCCUGGGGGAAGGCUCGGGGACCCCCCCGUUUCUCUCUGUUCCGACAGAAGCUGGCGCGGGGUUGGUGGCCCUGCGUGGUGCACGAGGGUGGCACGCAGCGCAUGGCGGGCAAGCUGGAGCUGAGCCUGGAGCUGCUCGACGAGAAAGAAGCAGAAGAGAGACCGGCGGGGAAAGGCCGGGAGGAGCCCAACGCGUACCCACCCCUGCAGCCCCCCGUGCGCCCCGACUCGUCCUUCCUGUGGCUGCUGGCCCCGCUGCGCGCCCUGCGCUACGCCGUCUGGCGGCGGCACCGCUGCCGCAUCACCGCGACCGCGGCGCUGCUGCUGCUGCUCCUUCUGCUCCUCAACUUCAUCUACUCUGCCCCGGGUUACUUGGCCAUGAAGCUGGUGAGCCCGCUGCGCCUCUUCGGUGCUGGGAGCAAACACUGA